AUGAUGAUGCAACGGCAACGCAUACGAUUCGGUAGCAACGACAGUUCCUCUUCGGAUUUGCAUCUGCCCUUGACCAACAGCGCUAGCGCUAGUGCUUUGAACGUGGAACGACCCGAGACUCCUCCUCACUCCGGCGGUUAUGCCAUUGACGUGGCUCGCAUGGUUCCUGGAAGAGCAUGCUCUUCUUCUAUUGUGAGACAACGCAGUGCCCUCUCACUGAGUCCCAACAGCAAGGUCCCUCCCCGCAAAGCCGUUAGUAUGUUCUUUACAUCAUCGACUUGCAACAACUCUUCCUCUUCUACCAGUUCUUCUACGUCUUCCAACGGCAGUGAUCACUCGGAUACUGGUACCAACGGUAACCACAACAGUAGCUACUCCUCCUAUCCCAGUCAUCAUCAUCAUCAGCUACCCAUUUACGCUACGAAUGCCAACUCUGUAAGAUCCCUCUCUCCACCGAUUGGCAGUCGACGAAGACCUUCUUACUCUUCGAACGGCAGUCACAGUCAUUGGAAUCAUCACAAUUGGACGUGUGCCAUUGUCUCGGUCAUGGGAUUGGUCGUCAUGGCCGUCUUAGCGGCGAGCAGUUAUCAGCACAAUGCCAGUCUCACCAUGGAAUUGACAUAUCGAGAAACGGAAAUUGAAAUGCACCUCGAUCAUGCGCGUAAUCUCGAGCAUAAAGUCAAUGAUAUGCGAUCGGAAACGAUUCAUUUGCAUCAUCGCAUUGAAGAAUUGGAGCAUGAAAUGAGUCAACCGACGCAAGAAGAACUUUACAUUCAACGGCAAGUCUUUCACUUGGAACAUGCUCAAGAACAAGUUCGACGGGGAGUGCAAGAAACCGCCAAGCGAAUGUUGCAAGAAAUAUACGGUCCAGGUCCCAAGUACUACAUUGAACUGAAACUCCUCUUUCAUCCCGAUUCCAACAUUGUCCAAGAUGCCACUACCGAGAUUGAUACGACCAUUGUGCUGGAAACGGCCGAUAUCCAUGACAUGCCACAUACCGUCUUUUUCUUUCUCGAGCAAGUACGGCAUGGCAUUUACGAUACCACGGCUUUUUUCCGCAAUGCUCCUGGCCUUGUGGAAGCCGGGCUGGGACACGAUCGCUCGAAAUUGGUAGAGUUGGAAAAGUCAUCUCCCAGUUUGGCGCAUCUACUCUUCACAUCGGAACACUCCCGUGAAUUGCAGCACACCCAGUACACACUGGGAUUCCGGGCCGAUGCCGCUGCCACUGACUUUUAUGUCAAUAUGCAAGACAAUUCCGAACAACGAGCAACACAAGACGAAGCUCGCACUUCGACGGAUGCCCCACAGCAAGAUCCCUGUUUUGCCCGCAUUGUCCGAGGCUUUAAUACUAUGGAACGCAUUCAUCGAUCCAAUGUGCGCGACGAAGAACUCUCCUUUCGACGAAAACAGUACAGCAUGGUACAUCAAGUCAUGAUCGAGUCCAUGACCAUUCUCCAACACGGAUACGAUCCCGAACGAGAAGGACAUCAUCGAUCGGUGGGGUCCAGGGCGACCAGCUAA